CUCCGUGCCCCGAGGAGCUCCCAGGCCGCCUCCCGGACUCUUCGGGGCUGCGGCUAAUUAUAGCCGCCCCGUCAGUCGCUUCGUGUGCCUCUCCGCGCUCUCUGCCUCCCUCGGGGAGCCGUAGCCUUGUGGCUCUGAGCACCGCGCUCGCUCCCGAUGGUGGUGGUGUUUCCAUUUUCCCAGAGGUGUGAGGAGCUCACGCUCAGCAGCGUGGCUGCGGGGUGCUUGCUGCGUCUUCUCGGAGGGCUGAAGUUAGAGGAAUCGUAGUCUGAAAAGCACCUCGGGUGAGAACCCCCAUAGGGGCAGUGCAGAGCGAGGCAGUGUCAGCAGGUGGGUGCCCACAGCACGGAUCUGAGGGCAUUCCUGAUCAGUAACCCGAUGGGAGACGCUCCCAGCUUAGUGCAGUCCAAGUUAGCUGGUGUGUUUCUGGACUUUGACCCGCAAGCUCAGAAAUGCUUCCACUUCAGGCUGAGCGAUAUCUGUUCCCUGUGGCUGUAACAACAGCCUCUUUUUUAGAUUUUAAUCUCUUCUCACAGAACGUAACACAGUUUUGCAGCUUUAAGUCUGAUCAGGACAAGAUGUGUUCAGAAGGGCAGCAGUAGUGACGUGCUUUGUGCUGUGUUGGCUGCUGAACAAAACCAGUAGGUGCUGGAGGGGGGCUUGGAAACAGCACUGCUGAUGUUGGCUGGGAGUUUCUGUUUAAAGGUUGGACCGGAUUGGAAAAGAUUAAACCCCUUGAUGUAGGCUGCAGAGAAGAGGGAAACUGAAAUCUGGAGCUAUAGACAUAACUAGCAGCAUCUUUAGGGGAGAGAAGGAAGCUGCUUCUGUUUUUUUCUGUCCAGGACAAUGAAGGAUAUUGAAUUUUUCUGUCGUUUUUUUGAAACGAGAGUGUUUUCCUAUUUUCUUCUCUGCCUUUGCAAGUCAUGAGUGGCCACUAACACUUAAAAUACUGAUUGCUUUCAAGCCCAGAUUUAUUCUUACAAGAAGUCAUGGGAAUAGACUGCCCUUCAUCAUGCCUUUCCUUCUGGGUUUCUGGGCAAUAACCUCUGUAAAAGCUUCUAAAUAACUUUUCCACGAAUACAGUUUUUUGUUGCACCAUUAUAUUCUAUGAAACAAUGAUGAAAUACUGAGCAAAUGUUAACAAUAUAGAGAAUGUUGCACUUCUUGUGUUACAGAACGCAAGAAACCUCUUCCAGUGAAUGGAACAAUCCCUCUAGGACCUAGUGUCUGGGGCUGCCUUUCACCUUUGUAAUGUUCUUGUUCAGCUGGUUUGAGAGCACCGUGCAGGUUGGCAAAUUGCAGGACCUCAUCAACCGAAGUAAGAUGGCGAGGUGUAGAGGACGAUUUGUCUGCCCAGUCAUUCUGUACAAGGGAAAGCAUAUUUGCAGAUCAGCAACACUGGCUGGCUGGGGAGAGCUCUACGGGCGCACCGGUUACAACUACAUCUUCUCAGGGGGUUCUGACGAUGCUUGGGCAGAUGCGGAAGACAUUUCAGAGGAAGAUUCUGCACUGAGAAAUGCAGACUCCCAGCUGUUUGACAAGGUCAGAGGACACGACAUCAAGCUGCUUCGGUACCUCUCUGUCCGAUAUAUCUGUGAUCUGAUGGUGGAAAACAAGAAGGUGAAGUUUGGCUUGAAUGUGACGUCUUCUGAGAAGGUGGACAAAGCUCAACGUUAUGCUGAUUUCACGCUUCUCUCCAUCCCAUAUCCAGGCUGUGAAUUUUUUAAGGAGUACAAAGACCGGGAUUAUACAGCUGAAGGUCUCAUAUUUAACUGGAAACAGGAUUAUGUAGAUGCUCCAUUAAGUAUCCCAGCGUCUGUGACCCAAUCUCUCAGUAUUGAUUGGAGUGAGUACCAGAGCUGGGAUCUCGUACAACAGACACAGAACUACCUGAAGCUGCUGAUCUCUAUCAUCAAUAGUGAUGAUGACAGCGGGCUCCUGGUGCACUGUAUAUCCGGCUGGGAUCGAACUCCUCUCUUCAUCUCCUUAUUGCGCCUCUCCUUAUGGGCUGAUGGACUGAUCCAUGUGUCCCUGGAGCCAUCUGAGAUCCUCUAUCUGACAGUGGCCUAUGACUGGUUUCUCUUUGGGCACAUGUUAGCCGAUCGACUCAAUAAGGGAGAAGAGGUGCUGCAUAUGGCAUGUGUGCUAUCACAGAUGCAUGGAGUUGCUUGUGCUGGUUCUGGGAUGUGUAUCUGGAGUUGUACAGGUGUACGAGAAGACCAGGAUGGAAUGUUGGCAGCCCUUGGCAGUUUGAUUUUCUUUUUCUGCUUCAAUUUUCUGAAGCACAUCACCUCUGAGGAGUUCUCUGGUGUGAAGUCACAGAGAAGGAAGAGUUUGCCACCUGGCUUCACCUUGGAAGAGAUCUGCAUGCUCAAGCAGAGAGACCGAGGCAGCACCACAAGUCUGAGCAGCGACUUCUCCCUGGGGAUGGAAAGCUCCCCUGGAGCAGCAGGGAGUUUCACGUAUGAAGCAGUGGAGCUGAUGCCAGCAGGAGCACAGGCCCAAGCAACAUGGAGGAAGAGCAGUGCAUCAUCACCUCAGGCCGUGCUCUGGAGCAGGGCACAGCAGUCUGAAGACAGGCUGCCUUCUGCAGGGAUGGUUGAAGUCAAGUCCUCCAGCUCCUCCUCAUCAACCCAUUCUGAUAACUUUCUGAGGAUUGGAAGCAGCCCACUGGAGGUGCCCAGAUCCAGAUCGGCGGACCAUUCUCUGCCCGGAUCUUCCGUUUCCACAGACUUUGGCAGCUGGCAGAUGGUGACAGGGUGUGGCAGUAUUCGGGAGCAGGCAACCCUGAGCGCAGACGCCUCUCUCCCUUGCAGCUUCCCGGAUGAGUUCUCUAACACUUGCCUGCUGGUGUCAGCGAGCGACCGCGAGUCCCGGCUGGAAGAAGUGCGUUCCGCCUUCCUGGCCAGCUACAGCCGGACCAUCGGCCUGAAGGCCGUGCCCCCCAGCCCCUCGGGGGCCAUCGGCGGCCUCCUCGAGCAGUUCGUGCGGGGCGUGGGACUGAGAGGCAGCAGCACGCUCUGAGAGCCGCCACGCUCCAGGACGGAUGGAUGGAGAACCGGGGUCCCCUGGCCGAGCCGGGACCCCCAUCCUCGGGGGGGACGCGGGCACGGAACCGAGCACCCGCUUGUGAUUACCCUGCUCGGGGCUGGGGAGCGGCGGGGGCUCCGAGGCGGCCCCGCAGUAAAGACCUCCGUGUGCCGA